CUGAUAACUCACCGAGAGACUCAUUGAAUGUUUAUUUAUUCACAAGCCUUAAGCCGAAGAACACUGUGUACUUUACACGUUCAUGCUGUUCCUGGUCACCUCUUUACUUCACAUAGCAUCCGGGUUUCGAAGGCUCUCCUGUGAUCGCGAUGCGCGAGUGAGAUACUUGGCGUUGGCAUUGGUGCCACGAAAUCCUCAAAACCCAACCGCCUCAUCGGCAAGUUGUAACUGUUUUCCAGCACCCUACGCGGCAGUGGCCACCUCGUUGAUCCAGACAUAAGCGUCGUCUGUUAGGCUACGACGAAAAUCAGAACCAAUUAAAGCUUAAAGCCGGCCCGGGCUAGAAAAACCAGCCUAGAUUCAAUCAAUGUGUUGCUGGGAGUCAAGCAUAUGGUCAAUGGGAAUUACCAGUUUUGUGAGGAUCGUUAUGGAAUAUCUAACCAAAGAAUAUAUAGUUUAUCGUCUUCGCCGCGGAUGGAAACCAGCAAUGAUCCCCUCGUGGCCUCAUUGCCAGAUUUCCCACUCAGCAAAACCUUAAGUUUAUUAUUCAACAGCGAUCUUGCUGCUGUUUGAUGUUGGGCUGGUCAGAUCUACACCACGUGAUGACGUUACCAUGCAAGAGCCCAGCUCCAAUAGAAAAUUAUACAGUUGGAAAUGAAACUGAUUGCAUCUGACUGUCUUUCCAAAGCCAAAUUGAUCUUGAAAGUCGUGAAACAGUUUGGAUAAUGGUUCAUUGACCAUUUCUAGCUUGAUUCACAGCCUUGUUUUCAGUUAAGGACGAUCAAGCUCCGGCGUUACGCCACGUCGUCGCCAUAACCGCACGCGUUCGACCACAACUUCUUAACCACACCACAACAUCAGCAUCAUGAUGUCAAACGACUCUUCAGAGCUUUCAUCUGUGCCUUCUGAGGAUGAAAGCGAUCUGCAGCUAAAGAAGAAGGGAGGAAUACUGAAGUUCUUUUCCAAAGUCAACCCCAAAACCGAGAAACCCAAAAAGGCAGACUCUUCCCCUCCGCCACCAGAGAGAGAGCCUUCACCACCACACGAAUAUGUCUUAGCAGACAAUCCCAACAUUGCAUUCAUCGUCAUGUUCCGAUCGCGGUUCACGGAAGCCUUCCCCAAAUCUCUCGCCAACUUCGGACCUCAAGAGCUUGAGCGCGGCGUUGUAGAUACAGUACCAGGAGAGCACGUUGAGCAUUUCCUCUGCGCUCUCCUGGGCCUGCUCCUCAAUCGCAAGCAAGAUGUCAAGGCUGGCCACUACAACCGCGCACUCGAAGAAGCUGUACAGACACACAAAUCACAAUGGGCGAAAGACUGGGAGAGCAAGAACCCAUUGCUUGGAGGGGCAACCUUCUCAUCAAUGGGUCCAACAGAACGUCUUACUCUCCUGCGAACACUUAUCCUCUGGUCGUUAUCUUCAUCAGAUGCUGUGAAAGGCAUCAUAGCUGCAUCCUAUAAGCAAAGCAGGCACGAGGAUGAUCUUAAUCAACCCCUGUCGGUCCAACCUUGGGGCUCUGACAGCUAUAAAAGACGAUACUACCUAAUCGAGGGGUUGGAUGAUACCGCUUUCCGAGUCUACCGCGAAAGCAACCCUGCGGGGCUGAAGCGGACCUGGUGGAGUGUCGCGGGUGAUAUCGAAGAGCUGAAGCAGCUUGCUGAGAAGCUAGGUACAGCAGAUAAUGGGCAAAGGGCAAGAGGACUGAGUGCCAAGAUGACUGCGGCAAUCCCAAGAUUCGAAGCCACGGAAGAGAAACGCAAACGACGCGAAUAUCGUCAAAUUCGCAAGCAACAAUUCAAGCGACCGGAACCAAACUUUUCUAUGUACGAAGGCCGAACGCGUGGAAAACGAAUCAAGUACACAUAUUCAGAUGAUGACGACGAUAUAUAUUCGGAUAGCACGACAAGGCGGUCUACUAGGAACACAGGCACCUACACGCCUGCUGAACCGGCGGGGCCAACUGUUACUCAAAGUGGCCGGCAAGUCCGUUCUCGUCUUGGUGGCGCGUAUGGCGAAAGCAUGACCGGUAGCAACCAAGGGCCUGGCGUUCCUGUUGGUGGAUAUGAUGGAGGCAACGAUUCCCUAGGGGAGGAUGAUAGUAUAAACGGCCGCUCAUCAAGACGUGCGGCAGCGGUAAGUAGAGACAGCAGCUCGCGAAAGGGAGGUCGGAAUAUUGAAGGGUAUAACUCCGUUGAUGAUAUGGACGAUGAAGAUGAAGCGAGUGAGCAAGAUUAUGGAGAUGACGAAGAGGAAGACGAUGUUGUCUCGCUGGCAAGCAAGGGGGAAGAAGAUGACGAUGACGAGGUUGUCGAUGAUGAUGUUGACAUGGUUGACGAACUUGAUGAACUUGAUGCCAAGAAGAGCCUGGUUGUGUCUUUACCCAUCAAGACCCCAACACCUGAGAAGAAGCGAACAGUCCAAUUGAUGCUCUCCCCAGCAAAGAAUCCCAUGGAUCCAAUUGCAUCCGAACCUACCCACAAAUCACCUGAGCUACGAGAGGGUGGCAACGGUGCCUCUGCCUCAACAACGACCCAGCAGGUUCCAGGCGCGCCCCAGCCCGAGUCUGCUGCUGAAGUUGCGAAUGGGGCAGCGGCGACAAACGGCCAGAGAGAUACGCCUAGUCACUUGUCGCCAACUUUGGCAUAUCGCGGGAGCCCUGAAAAACCGCAGUCAUUUCCGUACCCAAUCAAUGUUGGUCAAGGAGGGCAGUAGAUUAUGGGGACAUUAAAAAAUUACGGCAUUAUAACGGAAUCCGACUGGUUGUGGUUUAUAUUGCAUAGACAGCGAUGAUAUUGAACGCUGAAGAUGGACCUUCGUAGUUUAUAGUGUUGGUAUAGACCUCAAUACAAGUAAUCGAGACAUAUGACUAUGCACAGACACAAGUGACGAC